GCCCCACCGACCAAAAUGGCGGCUGCUGUUGGUGCAUAGUGCGGUUUGUAGUGCUGUUGCCCUACUCAUCCCUUUGCAAAAUGUGAAAGAAGAAGCGGCUGGUGGAGGCGGGCCAUAGGCAAUGAGUCGGCGAAGGAAACAUGAUGACAGCCCUAGCCCGAAGAAAACUCCGCACAAAACAGCGGCGGCUGAGGAAUGCGGCUGGGUGGUCGAGCCAGGGAGGAGGCGGCUGAGGUCGGCCCGCGGUUCGUGGCCCUGCGGGGCUAGAGAGGGGCCUCCCGGGCCAGUGCGGCAGCGAGAGCAGCCUCCGACCGCCGCCUUGUGCAGUAAAAGUAACCCCGAGGAAAGGUAUGAAACACCAAAGAGAGCGCUGAAAAUGGACUUACUGUCAUCUUCCUUCAGUUCUCCUAAUGAUCCAGAUGGACAGAAUGAUAUCUUUUGGGAUCAGAAUUCUCCAUUGACAAAGCAGUUAGGUAAAGGAAGAAAAAAACAGAUUUACACCACAGAUAGUGAUGAGAUUUCACAUAUUGUUAAUCGUAUUGCUCCUCAGGAUGAAAAACCAACAACAAAUUCUAUGCUGGACAUGUGGAUUGGUGAAACUGCUAUUCCUUGUACUCCCAGUGUAGCAAAAGGAAAAUCAAGAGCAAAAAUCAGCUGCACAAAGUUAAAAACACAAAAUAAAGAAGAAGAACUUAUGAAACUGGCUAAACAAUUUGAUAAAAAUAUGGAAGAGCUAGAUGUGAUUCAAGAGCAAAACAAGAGGAAUUAUGAUUUUACCCAGACGAUUUCAGAAACACAGAUUUUAAGUAAUUAUAAAGAUGAUAAUAUACAGAUGCGGUCAUUACAUAAUAUAGUUCCCGAAAUAGAUAAUGCUACAAAAAAGAAGCCAAUCAGAGGAAACACCAAGAUAUCUGUGGCAAAUAAUCAAAAUAGCAGUCAGAAGCCAUUUGACCAAACUGCUGAAGCAGCCUUUAAUGCUAUUUUUGAUGGUUCUACUCAGAAGUGUAGCGGACAGUUAAGCCAAGAACUGCCAGAGGCUUUUUGGAGCACCAAUAAUACUACCUUUGUAAAGACAAAUGCUUUGAAAGAGGGGAAAAUCAUUACUAAUGAAACUCUGGUUGUUGAAAAACUGUCAAAUAAAACCCCACGAUCACUUUCUUCUCAAGUAGAUACACCCAUAAUGACAAAAUCAUAUGUGACUUCCUGUACUAAGGAGCCAGAAACUUCUAAUAAGUACAUUGAUGCAUUUACUACCAGUGAUUUUGAGGAUGAUUGGGAAAACUUACUAAGUAAUGAACCUUUUGCUGUGCAAAAUACCGACAUGCCUGAACUCUUCCCUUCUAAAACAGCCCAUGUUACUGAUCAAAAGGAAAUUUUUACCUUUAAUAGUAAAACUGUUAAAAAUACGUCAAGAGCAAAUACAAGUCCAGAUGCCAGGUUAGGAGAUUCAAAAGUAUUACAAGAUCUUUCUUCAAAGACAUAUGACAGAGAAUUAAUAGAUGCAGAAUAUAGAUUUUCACCAAAUCCAAAUAAAUCAAACAAAUUAUCAUCCACUGGAAAUAAAAUGAAAUUUGAGAACUCUUCCAAUAAAAUUGUUAUUCAAGACAAAAUUCAAGAUUGCAUAGUUACAUCUAAUCUGACAAAAAUAAAGGAAGAUACUCUUACUAAAUCUACUGUAUAUGCUUCUGAAAGGAAGUCAGCUUUGAACACAAGAUAUUCUAAUGAACAGAAAAAUAAGUGCAUUUUAAAUCAGUCUAUUAAAGCCCCUGUUAAUACUGAUCUUUUUGGCUCUGCAAAUCUAGGCAGUGAAACCAGCGUUAGUAACCCAAAUCAGACUAGUGCAUCAAAAGUAGGUUCUUUCUUUGAUGAUUGGAAUGAUCCCUCAUUUGCCAAUGAAAUUAUUAAAGCAUGUCAUCAAUUAGAUAAUACCUGGGAAGCAGAUGAUGUAGAUGAUGAUUUGUUGUACCAAGCAUGUGAUGAUAUUGAAAGACUAACUCAGCAACAAGACAUUAGAAAGGACAGUAAGACAUCAGAAAGUAUAUGUGAGAUCAAUAAUAAUUCCGAACAUGGAGCCAAAAACAUGUUUACUAUAUCUAAACAAGGAAGUAAUUUGGUACAAUCAAAGCAUUUGAAUCCAGGCAGCAUUUCAGUGCAGACAUCUUUGACAAAUAGCUCACAAAUAGAUAAGCCAAUGAAGAUGGAGAAAGGGGAAAUGCAUGGAAAUUCUCCAAGAUUUUUAGGUGCCACAAAUUUGAUUAUGUAUUCUAAGACCUCAAAUUGUCAGAUAAAUAAUCUGCAUGUGUCUUAUACUAACACUGAUGUUCCAAUACAAGUGAAUAGUUCCAAAUUGGUUCUUUCAGGAAGUUCAAGUUUGAAUGUAACUUCAGAUCAUAUGAAUACAGAAAUUGCCACUUCUAAGAAGAAAUUGAGUGCUAAGCAGCUAUGCCAUAAGACUAUAACAGAUGAAGCUCAGAGCAACCUUAACAAAACGGUUGGAUUUUCAAAGUUUACAUUUACAAGGAUGAAAAAUUCUCAGAUUAAUCAAAAUUGUAUAACUGGAAGUAUGUCUGAUACCAAAAUUACACAGGGUGUGGAGAAAAAGAAAAGUGUCAACCCAUUACUGGAGGAAGCUGUUGCAAAGCAAUCUUUGGUGAAACUUUCUGAAUCUUUGAAACAAUCUUCGAAAGAGGAAGAAGAGAAAAAUAGAAAGUGUUCUCCGGAAGAAAUUCAGAGAAAAAGACAAGAAGCGCUGGUUCGGAGAAUGGCUAAAGCACGAGCCUCAUCUGUAAAUGCAGCUCCCACUUCAUUUCUUUAAUGAAAUAUUAGUUGGAAGACUUCACAAAGACUGCUGAUAACUAUCUGUGAUAGGAAAUUUUUUUUUCUUGAUUUCUCUGUGAGAAAUGUAAUGCUGACUUUUAUAAAGCCUGGACUUCUACUUUAUUUAAUAAAUCAAUGUUUGCAGUGGUAAAUGAAACAUUUCCUUGGACAUGUAUUUGAAAGUCAUUAUAUACAAGUUUUGGAAAUUCAGGAAAGUUAGCAAUUAUGUACAGAUAUUAUACAGAGGAAAGUAGUUAUAUUUUUAAAUGCUAUUGUUGCAGAGGAUCAUCAAAAAAGAGGUAAUCUACGUUAUUUCCUAUUCUAAUGUCUUUUCCUAAUACAAAACUUCAACUUUCUAAGUUAGUAGACUAUUUUUGUAGUUUUACUUUCAUUAACUGUUGCUUAAGGUUUUCAUACACUUCCAGAUUUUAAUUAAUACUUUCAUAUUUCUAGGAACAUGGUUGAUAUGAAAUAAAGGACUUCAUUUGUAAGGAAAUUAUGUUCAGUUCUUAGAAGUGGAUUUGGAUUUUAAUAAUUCUAAAAUGUGACACAUUUUGCAAACUUUCCAGCAUAUUUAGGAAAACUCUGAUUUUAGAAGUCUAACAUAGAAGAAAAGAAGUAGUGGAUUGUCUACAAAAGUAAUGUGGCAUCAUUAACAUUUAGAACUGGCAGAAACUUCACAUGUCAUCUGGUCCAGCUUCCUUAUUGUAUUGGUGAGAAAAAGUAAUACUGUUUUCAAAGUCAUAGACAAGUUAAUGCUGUGCUACAAUUAGAAUGAUUUCUUUGGACACCUAAACAAUUACACCGUUUGCUUCAAAGUAUCAGUAUAUAAAAUAACUUGAGGGAAUAUUAUUUUCUAGUAUAAAACAAAAGAUGUAAUUAAAAGCACAAUAAGGACUGUUUGAUAAUAAUGCUCAUUGUUUGUUAUUUUGCUUUAAAGAAUUAGUCUUUCCAGGAUAUAAAAAUGAGAAUCUUUUUUCUUUUCAGUUUUUCUGUAACUGUGUAAUUUUCCCCUCAAUUAAUUUACUUACUUUACUCAUCUUUUCUUCUCUGUUACUGUUUUGUUUUUUCUUUUUUUGCCGUUUUGCCUAUUUGGAAUUUGCUAAACCAGUAAUAGAAGUCCAACUAGAGGGCAUAAGGCAGGGAGGAUGCUUUAUUCCUCUUAAAUGGUUUUAGGAGAUCUAGGGAAAGUUAGAGAUAUGAAACACCUGUCAUGGUGUGGCAUUUAUCACUAUCAAGUGUCUCAAAGCUGUGAUAAUACGGUAGUUACUGCCCUAUAACUAUACAGAUACUCCUCAACUUACCGUGUAGUUACAUCCCAAUAAACCCAUCAUGAGUUGAAAAUACCUUAAGUUAAAAAUGCAUUUACUACACUUAAUCUACCCAACAACAUAGCUUAGCUUAGCCUACCUUAAACAUGCUCAAAUCACUUAUAUUAGCCUAGAGUUGGGCAAAUCAUCUGGCAACACGGUACACUAUAGAGUAUCAGUUGAGCUGAUGCGCAGCAUCGUGAGAAUGUUGUACCGCAUAUCUCUAGCCUGGGAAAGAAUCAGACUUUAAAGUAUGGUUUCUAUUGAACGCAUAUCACUUUUGCACCACCUUAGAGUUGAAAAAUUGUUAAGUCAACUAUUUUAAGUUGGAGACUGUACGUUGAAAAUGAUAUUUUCAUAUAUACAGUGGAGUACUGGAGUUUAGCUAAUCUAUCUUAAUUUUUCUAGGAAUAUAUAAUAACCUAGAUAAAUGCAAGUAGUUUCUAUGUAAGAAAAUAAAGAGCUGAGAAUCUUUUACUAAAA